AAAAUCGUCACGGUGCGCGCAUCAACGAAAAUUCGUUGCGGAUAAACAAGACCAAGAACCAACGAACCAAACACGGGCAACAUUUUGUCUUAGUGCUGUCGCCUAACUACCGAGUGCAACGCAACGUGAUAAUUCCGAUUGGAAUAUGCGCGUCGUCUGAAUCUGAGUCUGAGUCGGCAUCGGAAUCGGAGGCGAGGCAAAAGUGCCAAAUGCACUGUGAAAUAUUUAAACGCAAAAUGCGCGCCAUCAAAUCAACAAAUUGAUAUUAAAUUAAUUAUUAAAAAGUGUGCAGCAGCCGAGUCAAACAAUUAACAAAGCAAUUAUUAAUUAAACAAUAAGAGCGUCAAGUGUAGUUAAUUCAAGUGAUCUUUUUUUCAAUUCAACGGCCAUAAUGGAGAAUAACUUUAAAGGCAUCUUCACAAUCGGAUUAUGUUUGGCGCUGCUCAGCAGCGGACAAACCCAUUUGAAUAUAUUUCUCAAUUUGCACGAGGUGCUGCGUUUAAUCGGCGUCUCCGCGGAGCUUUACUAUGUGCGGGAGGGGGCCAUCAACGAUUACGCCCUGAACUUUGCAGUACCCGUGCCGGCGAACAUUAGCGAUGUUACCUUUACCUGGCAGUCGCUGGUGGAGCAUCCGCUGCCCUACAGCAUCAGUGUGGCCACUUCGGAUGUGGGUGUGUUGCCGCGCCCUAUGUUGAAUAUCUCGCGUAUCGGCGAUGUGCCCCAGGAGCCGCAGACAUGGGGCGUUAGUCUGAAGUGUUCGGGAACACGGGCGGCCGAAGUGACCGUCACUAUUAGUGUGGAAGUCAUCCUGGAUCGAGCGACCAACAAUAAUACGAAUUUGAUCUUCAAACGCAAAAAGAUUUGCCUGAAGGAUGAGCACAACGAUGCACGCGAGGAAUACGACGAUGAGGAGCCUUUGCAUCCAGAUCUGAGUGGUCACGAUGACGUCCACUAUACGGAACACAAUGAGGAUACGGCCGAGCAUGUCAUAUCCGAUGGCCAUUUGCCAUCGAAUGUGGAGCAUGGCAAGGGCACUGACAGACAUCGAGUGCUGGUAACGGAACCCACUGUAAUUGUGGGUCGCGGUUCGGGUGGUGUAAACACAAACAAUGAGUAUGAUCCACUGUUGCGGGAGACUCUCGUGCCACCAACCAGUGGCUUAAUUACUCUGAUUGUGGGUGGUAUUCUGGCCUUGGUCCUUGUGUCCACACUCAUUUUGAUUGCGUACUGUGCCAAGGGUCCCUCAAAGCGUCAUCCCUCCAACGGGGUCCAUCUGAUUAAAACAUCCAGCUUCCAGCGUCUGCCAACCAUCUCGUCUACGGCCCACAAUUCGAUCUAUGUCUGCCCCUCGACCAUAACACCCACAUAUGCGACAUUGACGCGGCCCUUUCGCGAAUAUGAGCAUGAGCCUGAGGAGUUCAACCGCCGUCUCCAAGAGCUGACAGUCCAAAAGUGCCGCGUUCGCCUCUCCUGUCUCGUUCAGGAGGGCAACUUUGGGCGCAUCUAUCGCGGCACUUACAACGACUGUCAGGAGGUUCUGGUCAAGACUGUGGCACAGCAUGCAAGCCAGCUACAAGUGAAUCUCCUGCUCCAGGAAUCCAUGAUGCUCUACGAGGCCACACAUCCCAAUCUGAUGACCGUACUCGGCAUUUCCAUCGAAGACUUUGCCACACCCUUUGUGCUCUAUGCUGCCACUGGCAGUGUUCGCAACUUGAAGACUUUCCUGCAGGACCCCUCAUAUGCCAGAAGCGUGACCACGAUUCAAACAGUGCUAAUGGCCUCCCAACUAGCCAUGGCCAUGGAGCAUCUGCACAACCAUGGUGUUAUUCACAAGGACAUUGCGGCCAGGAACUGUGUCAUUGAUGAUCAACUGCGCGUGAAGUUAACCGAUAGCGCCCUGAGUCGUGACCUUUUCUCCGGUGACUACAACUGCUUGGGCGAUGGAGAAUACCGACCCAUCAAGUGGUUGUCGUUGGAGGCCCUUCAGAAGUCUCACUAUAACGAGGGUAGCGACGUUUGGUCAUUUGGUGUGCUCAUGUGGGAGAUGUGCACGCUGGGCAAGCUACCCUAUGCCGAGAUAGAUCCCUAUGAAAUGGAGCAUUAUCUAAAGGAUGGUUACAGAUUGGCCCAGCCCUUCAACUGUCCCGAUGAACUUUUUACUAUUAUGGCCUAUUGUUGGGCUUCCAUGCCUGCCGAGCGACCCUCAUUUAGCCAGCUACAGAUCUGCCUAUCUGAGUUCCAUACACAGAUCACCAGAUAUGUUUAACCUGCGGUAAUGAAGCACACCAAGACUUGUAAAUACAACAAGAGGCGACGUCGGAAGAUUUCGCAACAGACGACGUCUGCAACUCUGUUUCCAAAGACAUAUUUAAAUUAUAGCGCCUAAAGAGGGCGCCUAAGAAGCGAUAGUGUGGUGGAGAUGUGGUUACAAGUGUGGGCCCAUUGUUUGUCCCCCACAAUAAAUAGUUACUUACCUAUGUAUAACGCGGGCGUUUGGAGACAAUUUCGAAUGGAUGAUAACAGUCUGGAAGCGGUUGACUACCCUCUCCCCUCUAUAAUUAGCAGUUAGGUUUAGGUUAGUAUGUUAACAUAAAAAAAAAAAGAAACAAGCGACAUUUCGAUGCAAGAAACGUAGUAGUUAAACUUAAACACCCACAUAAAUGUUGAAGGCACACAUUAACAGAUAAACCCAGUUAGGUUAGAUUCCUCGUGGAUCCCCAAAUGACCUAAAGCAUUUUGCAUAACUUAACAUUAUAUAGAUACAUACCUAAAGACAAGAUCCAUAAUAUAGUACACUCCCCUAGGCUAGGCAACAACGGGACGCUCUGUUGUAGUUUUGAGGAGCUCGAUUAUACAUUCGACGUAUAUAUAAUAACAGCAAAAAUAUAUAUAUUAUCGAGUAAA